AUGAAUCGUCAAAUAGCAAAUGAAAUACUUGAUUGGAUUUGUGUAAUAAUGUUCAUUCUUGGUACACUUGGAAAUACUCUUGGUAUUAUUGUAUUUUCAUCACGAAAAUUUCGUCGAACAACUUAUGGUCGUUUAGCAAUAGCAUCAUUAAUUAUAAAUCUAUUAUGUGUAUUUCGUUAUUCAUUACUUUUUCAUUCGAAAACUCGUCGUUGGAUAACAUAUAGUGUUGGUCAAACAUGGUUGAAAUGUAAAAUAUAUCGAUUAUCAUCUUGUUUACGUAUUUUAUCAGCUUUUGUUAUUGUUGCAUGGACAUACGAACGUUUUACUUAUGUAACAAUCAAUUAUAGUUUAUUUACAAAUCAUCCAUUUGUUAAAAGAUAUAAAUUUUAUUUUAUGACAUUUAUUUCUUUAAUUAUUAUUGGAGCACUUACUGGACCAACUGUUUAUUUUUAUCAACCAAUAUUGAUAUCUGUACCGAAUCUACAAAAUCUUACAUUACUCAGAUCAACUAAUUCUUCAUAUGGUAGAUAUUCAUAUAAAAUUGGAGAUUCAACAAAUAUUCAUUCAUAUCAAUCAGUAUGUUCUUUAAAAGAAUCAGUUUCAUCAACAUGGCGUAGUUUUUUAAAUGAUGUUCGAUUUGGUUUAAAUUAUACAACAUUACGUUCAAUAUUUUCUGAAAUAAUUCCAUCUAUACUCGUUAUUGGAUUCGAUAUUGGAAUUAUUGCUCAUGUUGUACAAUCAGCAUCGUUUUUAUCAGCAAAUGGUGCAUCAACAAGUGCCCGUCCAAGUGAUCGUACAUCAUUUCAAGUUAAAGAUGGUGUUGAUGGUUUAAUGGUACAUAAUCGUCCACGUACAUCAUGGAUGAAUAUUGUUUUAAUAAUUCAUUCAUUUUUAUUUUGUUUUUCAUCAGUAACAGCAACACUUGUUCAUUGGUCAACAUCCGAUAUGCUUUUAUCAUAUUGGUCAAGUGUUGUUAUACUAAUUAAUUGCUCAUUAAAUUUUUAUGUUUAUUGUCUAAGUGGAAAAUCUUUUCGUAGUGAAAUACGAAAAUUAUUUUAUCGUUAUUUUCAAUUAUAUUGUUUUGGACAACUUCUUAAUCUAUUUCGAACAAAAUCUCAAAGAGAAGAAAAUGCACAAAUUGUACGAAUGCGUUUAGUUAGACAUCGAAGUACUAUUAUACCACCACAAUCUAUUGCUCAUUUACGUGGAACUUCAUUUGCUGUAGCAUAG